AUGGGAAUGACAAAGGCUAGGGGAGUAAACCCCGACAGACAAUCCGGAGUGGAGACCCGAAGGCGGCUGGUUCUUGCACUGCAAAACCCUCCGGCAACUCCUGCAUCCAAACUGGCGCCAACUGUAUUGGCUCGUCCUUUCCGUUGGAUCCUGCCAGCAAGGCUAGAGAGGGGGGUCCUAAGGACUGGGCAUCCUAGGUCCUCCAUAUUUUUCGCCCUGGCCUGCGCCCUGGAGAGGUCACUCCAGUGCCGCAUCCCGCGGCAUCACAACACGGGGAGAUGGCAGUUACCGGUUAAAAGUCCAGAGCUUAUUGGCGUUAGCUCGGACGCCUGGGGCUGUCUCCCGUCGUUCGUCUACUCCAGUGGGUGCCUGGAGUGUAGGCCAAAAGCCGAAAAGCGGACUGCAACCCCUGCACCAGGCAAAAAUGAAAGAAAGAAGCCGCCAGGGCUGAAACUGGCAACCUGGAACGUCAGAACAAUGUGUCCUGGCCUGUCUGACGACCUCCAACUAAUAGACGAUGCCAGGAAAACCGCCAUCAUUGACCGCGAGCUGAAGAGGCUCAACAUCGACUUUGCAGCACUGCAAGAGACACGAUUCCCCGGAAGCGGUUGUCUGAAGGAGAGUGACUAUACAUUCUUCUGGCAGGGGCAAGAGUUACACGAGCGCCGUUUCUACGGCGUCGGCUUCGCCGUCCGAAACUCCCUCCUGUCCACCAUAGAAUCGCCCUCUUCAGGCACACCACGAGUCCUCUCUCUCCGCCUCACCACCUCUUCUGGACCAGCCAAUAUCCUUAGUGUCUAUGCCCCUACACUCAGCUCAACAGCGGAGGCUAAGGAUCAGUUUUAUGAGGAGCUCGAGGCGAAGAUCAGGCAGAUCCCCGCCAAGGAGCAUCUGUUCCUACUCGGUGACUUUAAUGCCCGGGUGGGAGCAGACCACGACUCUUGGCCUUGCUGCAUCGGCCACUUUGGCGUUGGAAAUAUCAACGAAAACGGCCAGCGCCUCCUCGAACUCUGCUCCUUUCACGACCUCUGUCUCACGAACACCUUCUUCGCCACCAAGCUUCAUCACAGGGUAUCUUGGAGACACCCAAGGUCCCGUCAUUGGCACCAGCUGGACUUCGUGAUCACCAGGAGAACCCUGCUAAACCAUGUGCUGGUCACGCGCAGUUAUCACAGUGCAGACUGUGACACCGACCACUCCCUGGUUGUCAGCAAGGUGCGUCUACUUCCCAGACGGGUCCACCUCUCCAAGCAGAAGCCCCGACCCCGCAUCAACACAGUCAGAAUCAACAACCCUGAGCUGCGGGAACACUUCGCCAAAGCCAUCGAUGUAGCCCUUGAGGGUUGCCCAGCUGGCAGCGCUACAGAGCGGUGGAACCACAUCCGCGAGGCUGUGUUUCAGACUGCCAUGGGCUCCUUUGGGAAAAGAGAGAGAAAGAGUGCAGACUGGUUUGAGUCAGGAGUCGCUGAGCUGGAGCCCGCUAUCGCUGCUAAGCGAGCUGCCCUACUUGCCCACAAAAAUUACCCCUCCACGAAGACGCUCGCGACACUUCGUGCUGCUCGCUGCAACACACAGAGGAUCGCCAGACGCUGUGCUAACAACUAUUGGUCGAGCCUCUGCCAAGACAUCCAGCUCUUUGCAGACAUGGGCAACGUGCGGGGUAUGUACGAUACUCUGAAGAAAGCUUUUGGCCCAAGCACCAUCAAGACUGGCCCCAUCAAAUCUGCCGAAGGCGUGCUCAUCAAAGACCGCAGCAAGCAGAUGGAGAGAUGGGCCGAACACUUUCAAAAGCUCUACUCGAGAAAAACUACAGUCUCCAACACAGCCCUCAAGCGUACUCAUCCACUACCUACUAUGGACGAACUUGACGCACCACCUACAAUUGAAGAGCUCAGCAAAGCCAUUGACUCCCUAGCCAGCGGAAAAGCACCAGGCAGCGACAACAUCCCGCCUGAGGUCAUCAAGGCCGCAAAGGAGAGCUCCCUCCUACAACAUCUUCACAUGCUCCUUCUGCAGUGCUGGGAGGAGGGGGUUGUGCCCCAGGACAUGCGCGACGCCAUGAUUAUCACGAUCUACAAGAACAAGGGAGAACGGUCUGACUGCGAUAACUCCCGCGGCAUUUCGCUCCUCAGCAUUGUCGGCAAAGCCUUUGCCCGUGUCGACCUCGGCAGACUGCAACUCCUUGCUGAGCGUGUUUACCCUGAGGCACAGUGUGGAUUCAGGACCGCCAGAUCAACCAUUGACAUGGUGUUCUCUGUGAGGCAGCUACAGGAGAAAUGCCGGGAGCAGAGACAGCCCCUGUACCUGGCUUUCAUCGACCUCACCAAGGCCUUCGAUCUGGUUAGCCGAGAUGGACUGUUUGCCCUCCUCCAGCGUAUUGGAUGUCCUCCCAAGCUCCUGAGUCAGAUCGUGUCCUUCCACCAGGAUAUGAGCGGCACUGUCCAGUUUGACGGAUUAUGCUCGGAGCCCUUUCCGAUCAGAAAUGGAGUGAAGCAGGGCUGCGUCCUUGCCCCGACCCUCUUUGGCAUUUUCUUCUCCCUGCUCCUAUCACACGCUUUCGGGGACUCCGACGACGGCAUAUUCAUUCACACCAGAAGUGACGGAGGGCUCUUCAACUUAGCACGCCUUCGAGCAAAGACCAAAGUAAGGAAGGUGCUCAUCAGAGAACUACUCUUCGCUGAUGAUGCUGCCCUAGCUGCACACACUGAAGCAGGGCUGCAGCGACUCAUCGAUCGCUUUGCAGCCGCCUGUGCAGAGUUUGGCCUCACCAUCAGCCUCAAGAAGACCCAAGUCAUGGGCCAGGAUGUCAGCAGCGCCCCCAGCAUCUCCAUUGGCGAUCACACCCUCGAGGUGGUGGAGAAGUUCACCUAUCUCGGGUCCACUAUCUCUAGCAACCUCUCCCUUGAUGCAGAGCUGAACACCAGGAUUGGCAAGGCAGCGACCGCGAUGGCCCGCCUGACGAUGCGAGUCUGGGACAACACCAUGCUCACCAUCAACACCAAGAUAAGAGUAUACCAGGCCUGUGUGCUGAGCACUCUCCUGUACGGCAGUGAAGCAUGGACCCUCUACUCCGGCCAGGAACGCCGGCUGAAUGCUUUCCACCUACGUUGCCUCCGCAAACUGCUCGGCAUCACUUGGCAGGACCGCGUCACCAACAUCGACGUCCUAGCCAAGGCAGGGAUACCCAGCAUGCUCGCCAUCCUGUCCCAGAGACGACUGCGUUGGUUGGGUCAUGUGACCCGAAUGGAUGAUGGUCGCAUCCCCAAAGACAUGCUGUUCGGAGAGCUGGCCAGUGGCACCAGACCCACAGGACGCCCAUCCCUCCGCUACAAGGAUGUGUGUAAGCGCGACCUAAAAGCUGGUGGCCUCAACCCUUCAGACCUGGAGACUGCUGCCUCAGACCGCUCCGGCUGGCGGUCCACCAUCCGGGCUGCUGUCAAAGAGGCAGAGGAAAUCAGAGACACCCGGUCGGGAGAAAAACGUCUCCGCAGACAGCAGCGACUGCAAUCGGCCCCACCUCAGACUCAGAGACAGGAGCCAGCCUUCACCUGCAACAGAUGCGGCAGGCCAUGCAGUUCUCGCAUCGGCCUGUACAGUCACACCAGACGCUGCAACUCACUGACAUAG